AUGCGUGCCAAGGCCGUCCUUGGUUUAGGGCCCGAUGCGCACGAGGUCUCCCAGGUCCAGCAGGCGUUCCGCUCGCUCAUGCGGAAGCUGCACCCCGACCGCAUUGGCGUGAACCGCGAGGCCACGGAGGCCAUGGAGCUGCUGCGGGAGGCCAAGGCCUCGUGCGAGCGCGCCUUCUCACGGCUCCGGGCGCCCCAGGCGCCGACGCGGCUCGCCGCCACGGUGCUCUGCGCCGCCGUGGGCCAGCGGAGGAUUCGGCUGGACUGGCGGGCGCCGGAGGAGAGCCGCAGCUGCCCCGUGCGGCGGUACCUGGUGGCGGCCUUGGACCCGGCCUAUGGCCAGGCGCUGACCAUCACCGUCCUGGAGCCCGAGUACAACGAGAGCUUGAAGCGCUUCACGUCUUUGGACGAGCUGGCCACCUAUGUCCUGGCAGAGGAGGAGCUCUCCAAACUGCCCAGCUUCUUUCAGCAAGCCACUGCAGUUGUUCAGGUGGCGGCUGAAAAUGAAGCAGGUCAAUCAGCGUGGUGUACGCUUCAGUUGUCCCUUCGCAGCUCAGCUAGUGCUCCCAGAAGCCUCAAGGUGGAUGAAAAAACCACCGCUCCCAGAAGCAGCAAAGACGAAAAGCCCGGAAAACGAGCAAACCCCAGUGUGCCUUCCGCCUCAUCCCGCGAAUGCAGGGAAUUCGAGGCAACCGCUCAUUCCUUGGCCCGUGAAGGCGGUAACCAACUAUGCACGUGGCUGCGCAAGCAGGGCAAGGCUUUGCUUGGCACUUGGUUGCGGUCGCAAGGAUGGCCUACAACAGGGUCGAAAGAUGAAUUGGUGGAUCGCGUUGCCUUUGCCGUUGGGGCUGUUGGCAAGGAGGCAGUGGAAGAAAAGCCGUCCUUAGAGCAGGACCGGGACGACAUAGUUCGCCUCAAGCAGAUUAUGCGCCCGGAUCCGGACUGGAUUGCCUUUUCGUCCACUGAAGCGCGCUGGAUAAACUUCAACGCGCAGAUGAGGGAAGUAUUUGGUCGAAGCAGGAGCUGUCGAUGUGAUGAGGAUGCAGUCAAUGCCUGGAUCGACGAUGCCAUGAGCGUACUGUUCCAUUGGAUAUCGAAGCAGAUCAUCAUGACGGAGUCGCGGGCAGCUCUGUUCCGCUCACUUGGAAGAGGCUGGAUAUGGAUACAGCUCUCCUCCUCUGGAGUUGGCAGGGAAGACAAAAGCAAGCUGCCAGAGGAACAGCGCACCCGGUUUAAGUGGUGGUUCGAAAACCUGAGCCGCGUUACGAGAAAUAGGCAGCACGACAUUGAUAAGCUGAAGCUUAAGGGCGACAUGCUGAAGAAGUACACUACGGGCUAUAUGCCAAUGUCGGAGCUGGUGUUUCUGAUCUACGGCAUUGCCCCGGCAAUGCCAAUCAUCGGCAUUCAGAAGUGGUCGCCUCACUACAAGGAAGUCGACCGCUGGGCCACAGACGACAACGUUAAGAAAGCAGUGGAGAAACCCCUUGCUUCGGAAGCCGAGAGGCAAGCCCAUGCUGCCCAUGUGGAGCAGCAGAAGUCUCGGAAACAGAGAGAACGAGAACGAGAAAGAGAGAACGAAAAAGAAAGAGAAAGUGAAAGACACGCUAACAACUUCCCAGCUGGACUGUGCUGGCAGAGGGCGGGUUCGGAAUUUGAGAGCCUGCUGGCAUCUCUCAAGAGGGAAGCGGGCAUGUCAAGUGCCUGCGAGGAGAUUGAGUCUGGUCUGACCGGUGUUUCAAUGAUGGAUGAGCUUGUGGACAGUGGGCCGCUUGUAGACAGACUGCACUGA